CAGGAUAUCGGGCUGCCAUGGUCAUUUCCUGCUGGGGAGGAUCCCGGAGCCCACCCCGCGCCCUGCGGCAGCCGCGUCCCCGCACGCCCAGACGAGCGCCAGCCGCCGUGCCGCGAGGAUUGCCCCACGCAGCUGCUCCGCACGCCCGCCGCUACCAGAAUGGCUGAGACAACUGCUGCCCCCAGCGAGGCGCCCACUCUCCCAAAUGAAUAUGGGGACUACCACAACUGGUCUGAGCUGUUCCACCUCUUCAACUACACCUACACAUUCUGCGAGUUCAGCCUGGAUGAGAACGUCAAGCGGGUCGUCCUCUUCAUCCUCUACCUGGUCAUCUUCGUGGUGGGCUUGGUGGAGAACCUCCUUGUCAUCUGGGUCAACUGGCAGACACGGGGCAACAAGAGCUUGGUGAACCUCUACAUCAUCAACAUGGCCAUUGCCGACCUCGGAGUGCUGCUCUCACUGCCCAUCUGGAUGCUGGAGGUGAUGCUGGAUUACACCUGGCUCUGGGGCAGCUUCCUCUGCCGCUUCACGCACUACUUCUACUUCGCCAACAUGUACGCCAGCAUCUUCUUUCUCACCUGCCUGAGCGUGGAUCGCUACGUGUCCCUGACGAGCUCCUCCCUCUUCUGGCGUAAGCACCAGCACCGGGCACGCCGCAUCGUCUGCGCGUGCAGCUGGGUCCUGGCAGCAGCCAUCCCCUUCCUGGAGGUUGCUCACAUGCAGCUGGUCAACACCGGAGAGCCCAUCUGCAUCUUCAUGGCCCCCUUCGAGACCUACGACGAGUGGGCGCUGGCGGUCAGCUUGGCCACCACCACCAUUGGGUUCCUCAUCCCCUUCCCCAUCAUCACCGUUUUCAACGUCCUGACGGCCAGGUUCCUGAAGCGCACCAAGCCGGAGAGCAGGAAGCACUGUCUGCUCAUCUACGCCUACAUCAUCGUGUUCCUUGUCAGCUGGCUGCCCUUCCACGUCACGCUCACGCUGCUCACCCUCGACGGCAACCACAUCAUCCUCCACUGCACGUUCGCUCACUUCCUCUACUUCUUCUACGACAUCAUAGACUGCUUCACCCUGCUCCACUGCGUGAUCAACCCAAUCCUCUACAAUUUCCUAAGCAAAAACUUCCGCAGCAAGCUCAUCUCUGCCGUGGUGAAAUACAUCCCCAAAGACCUAGCCGGACAGAAAGGUGCAGACAAUUCCUCCUCCACCACGCAGCACUCCAUAGUCAUCACGAAGGACAACAACCCCCCCAAUUAAGCGGGGCGUUGGGCUGCCCGCUCAUGGCUGGCCCCAGGGGGGCGGCCAGCUCCCUGGGCUCACCGCGGUCAGUAAGAUUAUUUUCCCUGGUGCUAAGCAGACACUUUGCUUUUAAACAACACUUCUUGGCUGGCCACCUACUGUGCUCUGAAGGCAAGGGCAGAGCGCCAGACGUGAAAUGAGAUGGUGCAGGGAGCCACAGACACGUUGCCUCUGAUGUGCUGCCCUAUCGGAUCUGUUUAGCUAAUAAAAGAAUAAGAGAAAGAGAUAUUUCCUGUUUUCCAAAGAAACACUUGUACUCUGCCUGCUCCGAAGCCUGCCCACAAACCCACUGCUGGGACCCGACCCCAGAAGCCCCCGACCUUUCCACGGCAGGGUACACGCUGCCCUCUUCCUUUAGCCCAGGGUUUUCUGCAGCCCCUACUUUCACUUACCCGUGUGCUCUGGGCAUAUCCCACUGCAAAGGUAUGGGAGGAACGCUGCCCUUCUGCUCUGAUGCUUUCCCGAGCAGGAACGAGAUGAAAUUCAUGCCUUUGAAAGACAAACCUUCCCUCGCAGCACCUGGCAGGGAGCUGAAAGCCUGAUUUUACAGAAAUGAAGGCAACAAGACCCAGAGGUGCUGAGCAUGACACAGAACUGAGCUUUAACGAGGGGAGGAACCACUCAACAUCAGCAACUCUUUGAGAGCGAUUGUUCAAACCCAGCAGUAAAUUAGGGACAAUUAGAACUGGGUUUCACUGCACAAGUCUGCCUUCAAAUAUGACUGGGGAGAACCGAGUUAGGGUUCCUGGUUUGUGUACUGCAGCAGGAGACCCAGCUCAUUAACACCGGUCUCCUUUAAAGCAUCUCGUGCUGGGUUCCUCAGCCGCUGGGCACCUUUCUAAGUACCGACGGGCUCUGGCAGUCCUUGACACGCACUCCCCCUCAAUCAAAGUCGCACGGAAGGCGUGCACUGCGGCACUUCCAUGUGCACACAUCCUCGGAGCACGGGCUGCAAGAAACUGGAGCAUCUGGAAGAAGUUCCUCCUCGUCUGGCUUCUGCUCAGUCACAUGCUGUGGGUCAGGCCCUGGGUAGGGGAAGGUGAAGGAGCGGUAGCUGCUGGAAGGGAAUUAAUAAAUCUGGAGGCCUUGAGCUGCUUAAGAGACCCAUUUUUUAAAAAAGCAAGGCAUAAGCAAAUUGGACCGGAUCCGAGGACAGGAUGCUCGCCUCCAGCAGCAGAGGGCAGGAUGUGUUGGGCUGACACAGACCCACGGUCACCAUGGGCCGCUCCGCUCCCCCACUGCACGCCCCAGGACUCCUGCGCAGAGAUGUCCCUGCUCGCCUCCAGAAGGGGACCGGCCCAGGCAGGAAAAGACAAAUCCUUCUCUGUCACAGAAAUAUUUGCUGAGCAGCCAGGGCAGAAGUCAGCCCCCCGACACGAGGGCAGCCCCUUCAGUAGGGGAUGCGGAGGCAGCCGCUGGCCGAGCACGGCUCCGGGGCUGACCCCUCUCAGGGCUUCCUUUGCUCGUGCCCUCUCAUUCUCACUGAAGAAACUGAAGAUAAGCACACAAUAGCAAGACAUCUGAUACAUGACAUAACCCAGACAGCACUAUAUUCAAGUUACUUAAACAUGUACAGCUUGGUAUUAGACCUAUUAAACUUUUGUUUUAAAGAAAACUCCCCUAACGCAUCCGCAACUUUGUGCACUGCAGCUCACAGUCCUGGAGGCCGGAGCGGCCUCACAACCCCCCCGGACAGCACGAGGCAGGAUUAUUUCACCCACAGCUUCACCCUGAGACCUGGCUCCAACACCCUGCGGGUCCUGCAGCUCCCCUUGACUCCCUCCCAGCCUUCCGUCGCCCGCUCUCGUGGGACGCUGUCCCCGCAGCGCGUUCCUUUAGCACUUCCCAAAUACCCGCUGCUCCUGGGCCUCAUCCCCAGCUUGAAUUUGUCCAGCACCCGCUCCUGGCACUGGCUAACUUUAUAAAAGGAAUUGUUAUUAUUUUCUUUUUAAUAGAGAAACAAGGCACAAGAGGUCAACGUUUUUCAUUUUAUUAUUCUAAAUAAAAACCACACUUUGUGCUGAACAAUGGAGUAUAAAAGAA